AAGUUGGAGCGGAGUCUCUGGGUAAAUGUCGGAGUGUUUGUGCGGUCGGACUCUCCCCGGUAUUACAUAACCUCAGUCCGGCCGAGCAGCUUCUCCUCCCGGUUCUCCUGGUUGUCCUCCCGGUUCUCCUGGUUGUCCUCCCGGUUCUCCCGGUUGUCCUCCCGGUUCGCUGCCGGACCAAGGUGCGACAGAGAUGGGUGAGAAGCAGGAGAAAAGCCCCGAAGGAGUGAAGUACUUCCGGCUGUCAGAGAUUGAGGAGCAGAACUCCUUCAAGUCCACCUGGAUCAUCAUCCACAACAAGGUCUAUGACGUCACCAAGUUCCUGGACGAGCAUCCCGGAGGCGAGGAGGUUCUGAGGGAGCAGGCGGGGAGCAACGCCACCGAGAGCUUCGAGGACGUCGGCCAUUCCACCGACGCCAGAGAAAUGGCCGCCAGCCUGGUGAUCGGAGAGCUGCACCCGGACGACCGGCACAAGAUCCACAAGCCUGUGGAAACGCUGGUUACCACGGCGAAGGAGGACGGCAGCUGGUGGUCCAAUCUGAUCAUCCCCACUCUGGCAGCCGGCAUCGUGACUCUGAUGUACCGCAUCUACACCACCGACAGCAUGUGACAUCAUCGCCUGAGCGCUGUGAUGUCAUCAUCCGCAGCGCGGAUGGCUCCCCUGAGCGUAGAGCGGCGGUUCUAGAGCGGACGACUGGCUGCUGGGACCAGCAGCAUCACGUUCCCUCAGUCUGAUCUGGACCCGCGGCUCUAUGCUGCAUCGCCAUGGCAACUCUGAAUUAACCAGAAUGUAACCAGCCAAUCACACGACUCUGUCCCAAUGACGUCCCUAAUGGCGGCCAUUUCCAAUCCAGACGUUCAGCAGAACCUCUUGAUCUUGCACUGGAUGUAUGAUUAGUUUUUAUAUCUUCAGAACUGAAUGUGAACCAGUUUCUGCAGCAGCAGCUACUAUUGGGUCCAGUUGGUUCCAGUUGGGUCCAGUCUGGUUCCAGUUGGGUCCACUUGGUUCCAGUUUGGUCCAGUCUGGUUCUGGUGACCUCAGUCUGAAGGGUGGGUGAAACCCGACCCGCGGUGUCUGUCACCAGAACCGGCUUCCCGCCUCGUUCUGCACUAAUUAACUCUUGAACUGGACUGAUGAAAUUCUGACUUCAUUUUUAUGGAAAAAGUUUCAAUCUGGCUGUAAAACCUGAGAAUCUGUCCUCCAUCCAGCAGGUGGAGCCCUUCAGACUGAACCGUUUUCCAGAACUUCUGGUCGAUCCGGACCUGUCCAGGUUCUGUCAGAACCAGAACCCAGUGAUGAUGUAUGAGUGCAGCUGCUUCCUAAUGUAAAGUGAUUGAGACGUUUUGCUUCGGGCUUUUAUUCUGAAAUCUACUCCAGGUUAUUGUGGGAUGGCUGGUUCUGGAGCCAUCAGAUGAAUGCAGCUCUGCAGCGCCACCCUGUGGUGUAACAGGAACAAUCUGAUUAUUUUAUUUUGUUCAGAUUCAAAUGAAAGAAUUAAACCCAGAACUUAAAACUCAACCAAUCAGCUGGAGGUUGGUGGUCUGUUGCCGGGAAGAUUCCAGAAAGGAGACCGAAGAAACAAAGCUGAUGUAUUUUAUUAUUAUAUUAAACCAGGAACUAACUGGGACGUUUUGAUGGACGACUGAUGCAUAAAGCUGUAAAUGUGAGGGAUCAAAUUGAGGUUUGGGGGCCUUCUUAUGGUCCGCUGGGUGAUUUUCAGAGGACCCCAACUGGAGUUCUGGAGUAUAAUUAAAGUUAAUGUGGCUGGAAGUUCAGGUUUUUAAAAUAAAAUAAAAUAGGUUGAAGAGAAAUCGUAAUUGUUUCUGAGGUUCAUCUUAAUCUAGAAGCAGAAACAUCAGAAAGUUGAACAGAAAAAAGUUUUUAAAAUUGAGGCUCAGAAAAUAAUAAACCCCAGAAAAUCAGGAAACUGUCGGUUUAUUUUUUAUUUUGGGGUCUUUAAUAAUUUUCUAUGUAAAUCUGAUGAUUAAAUUUAUUUUAAUAACAUCAA